AGUUGGACGGAGGGAGUUCGUAUGCUCAUGCAACAGUACUUCGCUGGUACUAUUACACCGACUCGGGUGCCAUAUCUUCCCUGGUACUAAUUUUGUAGAAGCACGGGAGCGGGAGCGGGAAGCUGGACUUUUCAAUGGAGAACUCAAUAAUUCAACAGAUCUGUCAAAAUUUAAUUUGCUCAGCAAUUCAAAGAUGUCGGAAGUCUGAAAAUCCCUGUGUAUUAUCAAUACUUCUUAAGAUCUCUCCAGAUUCAGAUAAUCAGAUCAUUCAGAUUUCAAUUUCAGAUACUGGUGUUGGAAGUUCCUUGGUGGAGUUUCAAGAUCUGCAUUGCAAAGGAAAUCAAAUUUGUGGUGAUAAAUGGGAUGGAGCGAUUGACAUCACAACUACAAGCUUCGGUGAUGAAGAAAUUUAUCAUUACAAAUUAAAUUCGAAAAAAAGGCUGAUAAGGUUGCCUUCAACCCCUAAAAAUGGUGUAAAAUUCAGUGGAACUGAAGUAUCCUUGUCCACCACUGAAAGCAUUGACAACUUAGUGCAAGGGAUUACUUGCUUCCUUAAAAUGGUGAUCAUCCUAAAAAUUGAUAAGGUAGCAGUUGAAUUGCUUGUUGCAUGUACCACCGGUCCUAAACCUAGCUGUGAAACUCUUUUUUUGGCAAGUGGAGACAUUCCUGUACCUUAUCCAAUGUCAAAUGUUGAACGCUUGAUCUUUGGCUUUGAGGACCAUGUUCUUAAGCAUGGAAGCAAAUUGGACGAGGAAUGCAAGUCUUGCUUCACGAGCAGGGAUUAUUUGAAGGUUGGGAGUGGAGUUGCAAACAGCACUGAGACCCUCAGAAAUACCGGGGAGGUCCUCGAAGCUGUGAUUAUAAUAACAGAACUACCAGAAGAACCGAGUCCUUCAUGCCUGAUAACCCGUGGCACAACAACAAAGUCUGCAUUGAGAUAUGCCAUAGUAAGCAUUCUUCAGGUCUUAUUUUUUCAAGAUUUUGCACCUUCCUCCAUCCCUCUAAUACCUAUGAAUGCAUUGACAAGCAUUGAUUGGAAAAGUUAUGGUUUGAGCUUGAAAGCGAAUGCUCCGGACGGGGAAGGGCAAUUGGUGCUAGAGUGGGAGAACUUACCGCCAUUUACUCAUGUUGACAUCGCCAUUCACAGCUACCACAUAAAGAUCAUGUUUCCACAAGCACAACCAAAGAGUUAUUCUGAACGAAAACUAUUAAAGAAAGCACUUAAGCUUGCAUUGGAUGAUAUGAAGGAGAGAUUUCCGGGUGUUCUUCUUAGUGCACAUGCUCUGAAGAUCCGGAAUUAUGCCCCUGACCUUGCAAAAUCAAUUGCUGGUCUGGUAUUGUCAUCUAGCGAUUUGGAUUUCCUAGGGGAAUGCAAUUCUCUUCUUGGACUUCACUCUCAAGAGAUUGAUGAGCAGAACUUCGAAAAUCACAUUAGGGAUAAGAUUACCAAAGUCAUAGAGAUGAACGAUAGGAAACUGCAGAAGAGCAAAGAAUCUGCGCCGUUCCUUUUUGGAGAUGAUAGCAUUCACGAAGAAGGGUUCCAUGAAAAAGAAGAAGAUGGAGGAUUCAACAUCAAAAGAAAUGAAAGGAUCUUCAACGACGAAAGGAAAAAUUUAGCAUAAUUAGAGAUAAUUAGAGAUGUCAAGAUUCAAGCUUUCUUUUGGGCGGAAUCAAAAACCAAAAAUGCUAGGAUAAACGGCUAAUAUGGUAGUUUGUUUGUGGGAUUCAUAUUUCUAUUGUACCAUUUGAGAUUGCCUAAAGGGGCAAUCUUGUACACUCUCCUUUUUUUCUUUCUCGUCCUUAUUUCUCUUUUUUCUUUCUUGGGUAGUCUUUUUCUUUUUUCGGUUGGUUUUGUUGGGUUGAAGUACCCCUCUUAAGUACCUCUUAUUCAAUGAAAUUGUUUUUGACCGUCAA